CUCAGUACUUAAUGAAGCGGAUGUGAGGAUUUGCUGGCACAAACAAAUUCAGCGCAAAUCAAAAAGUUAAGCAUUCGGGGGAAAGUUUUCAGCGAGAGUUGCUUGACAAGUUAAUGGUGUUAUACCCUGCGGGGCGUGCCCAUCGACAUCGAUUUGGACUGUUUCGAGAGCUGGGGAAAAUGUUUCAAAAUUGAUGUUCACCUUCUGCCAUGUUUGCCAACCCUCCGUGGAAGUCGGGGGACUCCUCCUAAUGACUCGGAAUAUGUUUUGCUGUAUUUGUAGCAUUAACAUUCCUUCGCAGCCGAAAAUGUCUUCAGAACACAUAGUGGAUGUUGCGCAAACAGGCUUAAGUAGAACUCAUCCGAGUACGUAG